UUCCCUUUGAGGUGUCCAGCGUUGGUUUUCAAGGAAUUUGGACCUAUUGGAAGCUCCUACUACCCUAAUGCCAUGAAUAUUGAGGUGAACAAUGUGGAAGAAAAAGCUGUCCAUUCUUGGUCAAGAAUCUCUUCUGCAGGACAGAAAGCCCUGGAGGAAGCCCUCAGAGUCUUCAACCCCAUGUCCAAGGACCUUUCAGAUACCGAAACCCAGCUGGUGGCUUUUCUCCAAGGCCUCAAGGAGGAAGGCUACCAGCCCACCGUCUUAAGGAGCAAGGAUGUUUAUGGGUACAGCUCCUGCACGGCGGAUACUCCCAGCCAGACACAAGAGAGCACGCGAGACAAUUCAAACACAGGCGCUGCUGUCUCUGACUGUACGAAAGCUCCGGUUAGAAGCCCUGCCGUGACAGCCGAGGUGCCUGGGACACUUGCGGAAGUUUCAGUCAGCUCUCCUAGCGUUCGCACCAAGCCUGUCUCUAAAGGGAGUGCCACAAACCUGCUGCUCAACUCCUUGAAAGAGACACGGUCAGGCACAUCGAAGGCCUCAGCAAUGGGCUUCCCAGCUAAUAUGUACCCUGACGUGUAUCCAGCCAUGAGACUCUCUGUCGUUCUGGAAGCCUUGGUCCCACUGAAAGCCACAGCAUCCUGUUUGGAGUCCAAAUACAAACAGGGGCAUCUUGGAAUCUCCCCCUCGGACCUGAAGCUUCUCAAGGCAUCGGGUGCCUCGAGGCAGAACACUAAGCUACCCUCAGGGCAGUUCGACCCCAAAGGCUAUAAACACGUAGUUAAGAAAGCGCCAGAUUCUCCCGCUCUAGCUGUAACGCUUCUGAAGGGAACGAAAGGUGGGGUGCUAAAGGAGAGUAAUGGUUGCAAAGCAUCUGGAAUCCUGAACGGUAGGAUUACAGGCAGCUCAUCUCAGUGUUGCAGUGGGGGGUCACAAGCCAAGGCCUUUAAAAAUAAAGCCAAGGAAGUUCCGAUGGGGAGAACUGAAUGGAAAGACAGCAGUAGUCAGGAGACAGUUGGGCAGAAAAGGAAAAGAGCCGAGGAGGUGAAAGAAGCACCACAGAAGAAGAAGAAAAAUGCCAUGAAUAAACCUGAACUAGGUCAGAGCACUUUGAACCUGCUGAGAUCCCGGGCCAUUAAGGUGGACAGCUCGUCGUCAGACGAUGAAGUGAGGAGGAGAGCACAGAAGAUCCUUAGGGUUAACUUGUCCCCUGUGAUCAGAAUCCAGCCAUUGUCCCCCUCUCACAAUGUCCCCUGAGUUCCUUCCUUUUGUCACUUUUCUCUUCAGUACAGAAGUGUGAACCAGCUGCCAGGCUGUGGAGAUGUGUAAGAGCCACUUUCAUUCUCUAGUGUCCGGCAACAGUAUCACAGCCGGUACCUGCAGACUUUGGGCAGCUUGCUCCACGGCUGUUGCUGGCUGCCUGGCAACAUUCUGCAGAGUUGGACUGCGCGAGUACAAAACCGUGUUUAGAAAUACAGGACGACGCCUCCCAGCCCCCGUGGUGAGCUGAGCGAAGCCAGGUGCUAGUGUUCUGUGCUGUGCUUUUCUGAACGUGCUGGAGCGUGUGUCUGUGCAGUGGGGAGCGCGUGACUUUCUCCUGGCGUUCAUGCACUGUGAUAUUUUGCUCUUUUUC